ACACUCUCCUGCGUACCAACAGCCCAUUUACGGGUAACAACAACAAGGCGCAAUGGCUAUCCAGAAGAAGCAUGGAAAAGGUCGCUUGGACAAAUGGUACAAGCUGGCUAAAGAGAAAGGCUAUAGGGCUCGAGCCGCCUUCAAGCUGAUUCAACUUAACAAGAAGUACAAUUUCUUAGACCAUAGAUGCAAAGUCGUUAUCGAUCUUUGUGCUGCGCCUGGAUCAUGGUGUCAAGUGGCAAGUGAGGUGAUGCCUCCUAAUUCUCUCAUUAUUGGAGUCGAUCUAGCGCCCAUUAAACCAAUCCCACGCUGUAUAACCUUCCAGAACGAUAUCACAACCGCGAGCUGUCGACAAAUGAUAAGACAACACAUAAAGACACUGAAGGCGGAUGUGGUAUUACACGAUGGCGCCCCAAAUGUUGGCGCGUCUUGGGUUCAUGAUGCUUUUAGCCAGGCUGAGCUCGUUCUUCAAUCGCUCAAAUUGGCUGUGGAAUUCUUGAGAGAGGGUGGUACAUUUGUUACGAAAGUUUUCCGAUCCAAAGAUUAUAAUUCCUUGCUCUGGGUUUUCAACCAACUAUUCGCCAAAGUCGAAGCUACGAAACCACCUUCUUCUAGAAACGUCUCGGCAGAGAUAUUCGUCGUUGCCAGAGGCUUCAAAGCGCCCAAACACCUUGACCCCAAGUUCCUUGAUGCUAGACACGUUUUCGCGGAACUUGCAGCGCCAGCACCAAAUAAUGAGGCAAAGGUUUUCAAUCCUGAAGUGAAGAAGAGAAAGAGGGAAGGAUACGAAGAGGGCGAUUGGACACAAUUCAAGGAGGCGCCUGUGAGUGAGUUUAUUCAAACGGCCGAUCCAAUUGAUAUGCUUGGUACGAUGAACAAAUUGUCGUUCGACCAAAAGCCAAACGGGGAUAUUGCUAUUGCAACAAUUGCGAAGCUUCCGGAAACAACCCAAGAGAUACGGGAUUGCUGUGCCGAUCUGAAGGUACUCGGAAGAUCGGAUUUCAAACGGUUGUUGAAGUGGAGGUUGAGAGUUCGAGAGAUAUUUGGCUUCUCUACAAAGAAGAAAACGGAAGAGGACGCCGCCGAAAACGAGGAGGUGGCCGAGAUCGAGUCAAUGGAUGAGGAGCUCAAGAUCCAGGAAGAGAUGGAGAGAUUGAAAGAGCAAGAAUCGAGAAGAAAGCGAAAGGACAGGCGGGCAGCCAACGAGCGCAAGCAGAAGGAGAUCAUACGCAUGCAAUUGGGUAUAUCGGCACCUAUGGACAUCGGACUUGAACAAUCUGGUCCAAAUGGCGAGGAUUCCAUCUUUGAUCUCAAGAAAGUUGAUCAAGCAGGCGCGCUGGACAAGUUCGGUCGUGGCCGGAUGACUACCUAUACCGAGCAACCCAAAGUAGAUGAUUCGACAGAUGACGAUAGCGAUGCGUCCAGCGAUGACGAGGAGGACCGGCUUGAUCGCGAACUGGAUAACAUGUACAACGACUAUGUCGAAAAUAGGUCUGCCAGAGACGCCAAGUAUCGUGCAAAGCGAGCCCGUAAACAGGAUGACGAUGGCGAGUGGCAUGGGUUUUCUGAUGAGGAUAAGGAGCAAAACAGUGAUGGGGAUCUUGUUGAAGAUGACGCCAGUUCCAUCAGUGGAGACGAAGAAACCACAAAUAGACUUAUCAUGGACUUCGCCAACCCAUCCCAAGAUGGCCUAACCGUACGCGCCUCACGAUUUUUCAAUCAGGAUGUUUUCAAAGGCAUCGACGGUCUUGACGGCAUGGACGAGGAAGAUGACGAAGAUGACGAAGAUGAUGAGAAUGCGGACAGUGGUAUCGAUGUUGCAGAUAAGGAAUUGGCAACUUCACAGUCCCACAAAACUGUGAGCAUGGAGUCAGAGGACCCAGCGACGAGUCCCGGUAUUUCUUCUGAUUCCGAUGAAUCACAUGAGUGGGCAGACGAUGACGCAGGAGACGAUAUCGAGGAGGUCAAGCACGACGAGUCAGCUUGGGAGCGAGAUGAUGUGCCGAUGAAGAAUGGUCGACCAGACAUCGAUAUCAUUACUGAGCAAGCAAUGACCCUGGCACAUGAGCUAGCGACUGGGAAAAGGACCAAGCAUGACUUGCUUGAUGAUUCUUUCAACCGAUAUUCUCAUCGUGAUGUCGAUGGUCUGCCGGAUUGGUUCCUUGAUGACGAAAACAAGCAUUCCAAGCUUCAACGUCCUAUUAGUGCACAGGCUGCGGCGGCCAUAAAGGAGAAGAUGCGUGCUCUCAAUGCACGUCCCAUAAAGAAGGUCCGAGAAGCGAAAGCGAGGAAGAAGUUUAAGGCAGCACAGCGCUUAGAAAAGCUGAAGAAGAAGAGUGCUCUAUUGGCAGAUGAGGAAGGAAUGACCGAAAAAGACAAGGCACAGAGCAUUGCUAGAUUGAUGAGCAGGGCGGCAAAGAAGAAGCCAAAGCAAAAAGUGACAGUCGUUGUGGCUAAAGGCGGGAACAAUGGUAUCAAAGGAAGACCAAAAGGAACCAAGGGCAAGUACAAGAUGGUCGAUCCCCGUUUGAAGAAGGACGUUCGGGCCGAGAAGAGAUUGGCAAAGAAAAGAAAGUAGUGGACAGUGGUAUUUCAAUAGGGAGGCGACAUAAACCUCACCCUAUUGGAAAUGAACGAUUUUUUUUAC